AUGGCCGGGGGGCGCGGGGGGCGGCCGGGGGCGCUGGCGGAGCCGCGGCGGCUGAUGUGCGCCGGGCUGGGGCUCAUCGUGCUGGGCCACGGCAGCCUGGUGCUGGGCGCCAUCGUGCACGGCUCGGUCCUGCGGCACGUGGCCGGCGCCCGCCGCGCCGUCACCCCCGAGUACGCGGUGGCCAACGUGGUGUCGGUGGGCUCCGGGCUGCUGAGCAUCGCCGUGGGCAUCGUCGCCAUCCUGGUGUCGCACAACCUGUCCCGGGCAGCGCUGCAUUGGACGCUACUGAGUGUGGCCCUGUUGAACUGCCUCCUGUCCACAGCAUGCAGCGUGGGCCUGGCACUGGCCAUUGCCCUCACUGUUCACAGCCGGGGCAUGCACCUUGUCAUGGGCUGCAACAGCUCUGCUCUGCCUGCUGAUGCCCGUGCAGCCAUAGUGACCAACGACUGUCCUUUCAACACCACACGCAUCUAUGACACAGCCCUGGCGCUCUGGUUCCCUGCCAUGGCGCUGGCAGCUGCAGAAGCUGUGCUGUCUGGCAGGUGCUGUUUGGUGGCCCUCAUCUUCCGGGGUGUCGGGCCCUGUGCACGCAGCUACAACAAAGAGCAGCUGGCUGGGUCAAGUACAGUGAAGGAGGGGCCACCGCGUGAGAUGCAGCAACUCCUGGUGGGGGUGGCUGAGUCUUGUCCCUAGCUGGCGAGGUGGUGCUGCAGGAGUGCUGCGAUCCAGCAAGGUGAAGUUGCACCUGCACCAUGCUCCUGCCCCAAGGUGUAAGCAUGGGUAGGGUGGGCUGCAGGGAGGGGAGGGGGUGUGCCUUCCCACCCAGCCCCACCACCCCACCCAGGACAAACCCUGCAGGUUCCAGAUACAGGCUGCCCAGGGUCAUCAGGCAGCCUUGGCCCAGCGGCUGCCAUGGGUCCUUGACGCUCGCCCCUUCUCUCCCCAAGCUGCAAGGGCCUUCUUGGCACACUGAAGGCUCCAUCGGACUUCUAUGGGCAGUGGUAGGGAGAGGCAGAGGUGCUAGGACCUGGCAACAGCCAGGGCUGGCCUGGGUCUGGGUGGCCCUACUGCAGAGCAGGCAGGGUCAGCUUACUGGGCCUGUACUUAGGCAGGCCAGGGAGUGAAAGGUGAAGAGCCCCUUUGUUCUGAGCCUCUGUUGUUUCCCUAACUAAAUAAACUUUCAUUUUCACA